GCUGCCGGAGCCUCACGCCAGCUCUUCCCCUGCUGUGGCUGCCAGCUCAGAGGCGGAAGAAAUCGAGGUGCUGGACUCCGAGGAUGUCCUACCUAUGGCUGCAGAGGAUCACUGGAAAGCCCUAUUUGAUCAGUUUGAUCCUGACAACACCGGCUACAUCAGCACUGAGAAGUUUCGCUCCCUUCUCCAGAGACACGGAUCAGAGCUGGACCCCCACAAGUUGGAGGUCCUGCUGGCCCUGGCGGACAGCAACUCCGAGGGGAGGAUCUGCUACCAGGACUUCGUCAACCUGAUGAGCAACAAAAGGUCAAAUAGUUUCCGCCAAGCCAUCCUGCAGGGGAACAGGCGGCUGUGCAGCAAGGCGCUGCUGGAGGAAACGGGGCUGAGCCUUUCGCAGAGGCUGAUCCGGCACGUUGCAUACGAGACCCUGCCUCGAGAGAUAGACCGCAAGUGGUACUACGACAGCUAUACCUGCUGCCCUCCUCCCUGGUUCAUGAUUACCAUCACUAUUGUAGAGGUUGCCUUUUUUCUUUACAAUGGAGUGGUAUUAGACAGAUUUGUGCUGCAAGUCACACAUCCCUUAUACCUGAAGAACGCAUUACUUUACCAUCCUCAGCUCCGUGCUCAGGCUUGGAGGUACCUAACCUACAUAUUCAUGCAUGCAGGGAUAGAACACCUUGGACUCAAUGUUGUCCUUCAGCUCUUGGUUGGGGUUCCCCUGGAAAUGGUGCAUGGAGCUGCGAGGAUCAGUUUUGUGUACGUUGCUGGAGUUGUGGCAGGGUCCCUGGCAGUGUCAGUAGCUGAUAUGACUGCGCCUGUGGUGGGCUCCUCUGGAGGUGUGUACGCUCUUGUCUCAGCUCACUUGGCCAAUAUAGUCAUGAACUGGUCAGGAAUGAAGUGCCAAUUCAAAUUGCUGCGCAUGGCAGUUGCCUUGAUCUGUAUGAGCUUUGAGUUUGGAAGAGCCGUGUGGCUGCGAUUCCACCCUUCUGCUUACCCACCGUGCCCACACCCCAGCUUCAUGGCUCACCUGGGAGGAGUAAUGGUUGGAAUCACUCUUGGUGUCAUCAUCCUGAGGAACUAUGAGCAGAGACUCCAAGACCAGACUUUAUGGUGGAUUUUCCUUUCUAUUUAUGUCAUUUUUGUCUUGUUUGCCAUCUUCUGGAACAUUUUUGCCUACAGCCUGUUGGAUCUAAAGCUACCUCCCCCUCCCUGAAAACAUGGGACAGAAAACUUGAGAGCGGAAGUCAUCUGCCAGCUAUGUUAAAUGAAUGAAGAUGGAGGAUCUAUUUUUAUAUUUAACUUAGGGGAGGAUGGUUCUUUGAAUGCAAGUGUGUGCUGGAGGAGAUGCUUAAAGAUCUCACGAAGGAAUGGGCUGCUCAGUUUGUUCACAACUCCAGCAGGUACUGUAAUACUGGCUGGCCUGGACCCUGCAGUUUCUCCACUGCCAGGGCUCCUGUUGGGCAGCUUGUACCUGGGCACUUAUCACUUGGUUUGUUGUUAGCACACAUCAAUAUUUCGUAUGAGAUAUUUGUAUUUUCCAGGUCAGUGCUGGAAUGAUGGCCAGUUGUUGAAUGAAUCUCUUCAAUGUUGCUGAAUGCUAAAAGGGAAAAAGAGUAGACAUUUACUAAUUAGAGACUCACAUGGUACUCACAAGGCAGCUUGGGUUUGGUUUCUACGGACACAUCUGACUGUUCAACCAUACCAGUGCCACUGUCUAAUUACUUGAAUGGUUCCUAUGAUAUUUUACCCUACGGUGGCACCUGUCUUGCACACCUUUCAAAGGAAUCAGCAGAACUUGAUCACCCAAAGUGAUGGAGACUGGUCUUCAACUACAGGUCAAAUGAAAUUGCACUAUAAACCUUGGGAACUCUUAGAGUGUUGUGGACACCCAGCCAGAGGUGACUUUUACUGUGCAUGUUUCACUUGAUUUUAAUUAUUUUUUCCCUCCAGCCAGCUGUGGCUAGAGGGUGUGACUGGAGUUUCUUUUUUUGAGGGAUGGAAGAAAGGAGGGCAAAUGUUCAAUUGUGUUUUUAUCAUCUGACAAUCAGGUGCUGUUUUCUUCUCACUAUUUCUGGCCACAUUGAUCUAUGAUCUAACAUAUGGCCUGCAGCGAGCUCCUAGCAAGGUUCUCCACUCUUCCAGCAGGCUCUUACUAGAAAAGUGGGACCAGGAUCAUUUAUAGCAGCGCAGAGUGGGAACUAUCUAAUCUUUACAGCCAUACAGUCCAUUUGGGGCCAAAUCUGUCCACUGAAGUCAGUGGAGUUAAAUCAGGUUGUAUGUAGCACUUGUUUCCCACUGAAGUGGAAAGAGUGUUACAGCGAUCAUUGUGAAACUGAUAAAACUGGCUUUAAAGUGACUGCUAUGUUUUGAGGAUGCCCCUUCCUGAGGCAAUGGAUAUUCAGGGGCUCCAAGCAACAGUUAGUUGCAAUGAUGCCUUUUUCUUUAACAUUGGUCAACCAUACAGCUGCCUACAUGGACCUGGGGACCAGACAGGAACAAUUGUAGCACAAGCAGUGCUUAUAGAUACACUUCUAUGUAAGGUGCUUAUGUUAUUUUGCUUCUCACUUUAGAGAGCUGCCAAACUAUAGUCCAGGAGUGAGGAUGCCCUCCUUUUCUCUCCCCUUUACCCACCUAGUAUGAUGACCUGGAUAAAGCAGCCAUAGGGGUCUCUCUUAGACAAGCUCCAUUCUUCCUUUUUUCUGUUUGCAUACUGGUGCCCAGGCACCAGGCACCAGAGCCUUCCACAGCACAUCUCAUGGGCAUUGUUGCAGUUGUCUGUAGCAAAAUGUCUCUCUGGGCUUUCUUCUCUCAGCGGUGUAGUCAGUGCUGCCAGAUGACACCACAAACUGGUAGGAGUCUGUCUUUCUGGAGUGGACAUUCACAAGUGCUUAUCAGCUGCUCCCUUCUUUGCCUCUUAUGGGAAAAAUCUCUCUGGAAGGGUGAAGUUCUGCUCCCACAGUAUGCACCAGUAAAGCUCCUGUUGCCUCAGAGAAGGGGAGAAAGGAGAAAAUAAGUGUUUCUACUGCCUGGAAUAAGCCUUACCUGCAAAAGAAACAUUUUUUUGGCCACCGUUGUGCACAGGAAUGGAAUUUCUGAGGGCAAUUGCGCCUUUGUUGUUGUGCAUGACAAGUACAUUGCUCCUAUACUUGUCAGAGCAAGGAAUAAGAGGAUGGGAUAAAGGUCAGAGCUCUGUUCAUUUUGGAGAAGGGGAUUGGUUCCCUAUGCCAUUUUAUCUCUGCUGUUUGGGUCCAGAUCAAAGGAGUCAUGAGGGUUUACAUUCAUUGUUUCAGGUGCUGGCCCAGUGAGUUCUGUAGCAGUGGAGAUUGUCUCCUAGGGGAGCAGCAGAAGGAGAACAUUGACAGAAGCGUGGUUAACAUGUAAGGAGGACAUUCCUUUCCUCAUCUGUUGCUAAGCCUUUCUGAUUACAGAUGCCUUUAAACCAGAGGUGAGCAGAAAUGAGAGUUCCCCUGGAAGUUUUAGGAAAAGUUUGAAAAUUUUGAUAGAAAAUUUCAAUCACAACGAAACCCAGAUUAUUUUGCCUAUAAUUUACCAGAGUACAGGAUGUACUGAUUGACUUUUGGUUUUGGUUUCUCAACUGAAAGCUACUUAAUGGACAUCAGUUUCUCCCCAGGAAAGGUUUCUGUGCCUGCCACUGAUGUGCUCUGGGGUGAAGCAGCAAGCUAAAAGUUUGAGGGCCACCACUUUCUUUAUCAACUUGACCCUCGCCAACGCAUCUUUGCCUCUGCUCAGGAGUAGGAGGGAGCUGGACAGAUUAAUCCAGGCACCAUUCUUUGAUCCUUUAUCCACAGGUGAACAUAGUUCACACUAACUGGUUGAAAACAGCUCUGAGGUUGAGGUUAUGACUUGUUCUUUUUCUUUCUGAGUUCCAUUCUGUGUCCCCGUACCCUGUCUGAGCAAGUCUACAAGCAACCCUGGAGAUCAGAAAGGCCACACUUAAACCAGUAUUUGAUUUAUUAUGAGUGAAGAAAUUAAACCCUCUCAUAUUCCUGCUCAUCAGAGCUGAAAUCGCUCCCCAUACACAGAGUAGGUUGUACACAGAGCCUGUUGUCUGAGAAGAAUCUAUCAGCUCAUGGAGUCGGGAGCAGUGCAAAGUGCUCCAAGCUUUUAUAAUUUAUUUUUUUUAUCACUAAAAUCAUACUGUGAAAACUUAUGUUUUUACAGAGUAUCAGGAAACCCAGCUACUUUGUUUUGUAAUGCACCCACGAAUGCCACAGUGCUGCAGCACCAGAGAGCUAAUAGCAAACAGGCUUUUCUUUUACCUCCAGAUGUCCUUGAAGCUGCUGGCUUAUGUGGGAGAUGAAAUAUUCUCCAUCCUGCUCAUUUGUGGUUCCAGCUUGUCACAGUCAGCAGUGUGUUCCUGAAGGAGCCUUCACUGAGGGACUGGUUUUGGUGAUUGUUUUGAUAUUGUUUCAGCUGCUGCCAGGAUUUUACAUCAGUCAGAUAAAAUGUGACUCUACUGAACCUUACAGCCGUGCAGUGCUAGGGCAAAAGGCAAGGACUGUUACCAAUGUACAGAUUUGAACCAUGCACAUUAGAGGAAGUUAUUUUUUGCUUGCGUCCUUGAGAGAGGACACAACACCUGCAAAAAAAAAGAAGCUGCUUCUGUGCUGGACUUCCCAUUUAGUAAGUAUAUUGCAGCAGUGGUCCAGUGAGGAUGGGUGCAGGGAGCAGUAGAGCUGGGAGAGCCUGGGGUGCUGGCUGUAGAGCUCCUUCAGGGACAUCUGCUGGCAGCACGGUGACAGCACCAACAAGGGCUGGCUCUGAGCCUCAUGCUGAUCCCUCAGCCAAGAGAAGUGGCUCAGACAGCCCUGUGGAGGAAGGAGGAGGAGAAGCAGGUAGAUCAAAGUCCACGGGGCUUGAAAAAAUGCACCUUUUAUUCCUAGAUGCUUGGAGGCAGGUAGGGAUUAAUUUUGCACACAUGGGUACUGAUACAGGAAUGAGGAGGGGGAAGGUUGUGAUGGAAUGAUGGGAGAGAACAAUCUGUGAGUGAGGUGUAGAAGAGUUGUAAAAUGCUGAUGAAUUUACUUUUGCUGAGUUCUUAAGACAUCUCAUGUCACUUUUUCCCUAUCAGUCAAUGAGGAAUCUUGGUACUUAUGUGGCAUAUUGUGAUUCUUCAGUACUUGUUCUUCAGUACCAGCAGAAGGAAGUAUUUUAUCAAUGGGGAAGGGACAAAUUAUUGUUGUCUGAUGUUGCUGGAGUAGAAAUAAAGUUUAGGGAUUCUGUGCCCCAAGACCUUGUUCCUUCUGAUGGAUUGUACUGCCCGUAUGAUCAGUAAUCUAAUUGAUCUAAGAUUAGAUCCAUUUGAACUGGGGUACGAAGGAUGGAAUCUGACACACUUGGAGCUGCUAAAAUAACAGCUAUCUGCUGACCUCACAAGACAGCUGCUGUUUUGUGCCAAUAUUUAGUCUCACAGGCUCGUGGGUAGGACUGUCACACAUACUUCAGUGAGUAAAGAGCUCAAAGUCUAUCCAUUUACAUAGAUUCAAGCUCAGCUCAAUUGCUUUGGAAACCCCAUUUACUGGCUUUACCAAGAGGGGAGCUGGAGAAUAUGGGUGCAGUUCAACACCAGCAGCCUCUGGAGGCAAACUGGGAUCUCAAGAAUGAAGGCCAGGACCUCUGGGGUUUGAGCCUCUCUGAAUGUUGCUGCUGUUCUGUUUCUUUUGUAGUAGCAGUUUUCUACAGCAGUCUGUGAUAUGACUCAAAAACUCCUGCAAUCACUGGUGCUGAGAGCUGGUUAUAAAGGAAAACAGUGCAUUUUGCAGCCCUAUAAAGAAAGAAUCACGUGUUAGGACAGAAACCAAGCUUGUUUAAAGGUAAAUGUAUUUUUAAUGUCAUCAUUAAUAAUUGGUUUUUAAUUGGAAAAAGCUUUCUAAUGAGGUAUUUCUGAAAUGCCAGUAGUAGUACAGAAAACUUACAUUUCGGAGUACUUUCCAACACAGAGCACAAAACAUUCCCUAGGCCUAAUUUAAGUAGCAAAAAUACCUUAAUUUCCAGUAAGCUUAAUAGGUAGGUUCGUCACUGGUUGUCUCCUGACACCCCCACAGUGUCUGUUUAGUUUGCAAAUAAAGCUAGAUUUGUGUAGCUUUUCUUUUGCUUACACUACUGAUGCUAACACCACAUCCAAGUGUUAAACACAAAGCACUAAACAACGUGAUUUUCUGCCUUAAAAUACUGAACAAAUCAUACUUUCCCGCUAAGGGCUAGUGAAACAAAAUGAUAUUUGCAAGGUAAGAUGCUAUGGUAUGUUUCCAAAUAUUUUUGUAUUGUGUACAUUCUGUAUAUUUUUGUUGUAAUAAUAUUAUUUGAGCGCAGAAACCAUUAAAUUUGUUUUGU